AUGGUUGUUCAUGCUAAGCACAUUAUGCAGCUGCGCCGGCAUGCAGCGACGUCGUCUAAGAACCAAAUAAGGUGCAGCAGUACUACUAGUAAUAAUGUUGAUGAUGUGCCGCCGAAAGGUCAUUUCGCAAUUUAUGUAGGGGUAGAAGAAGAGAAGAAGGAGCGGUUUGUGGUUCCUAUGUCAUACUUGAAGCAACCGAUGUUCCAAGACUUGCUGCUCAAGGCUGCCGAGGAGUUUGGUUUUGAUCAAAUGGGUGGCAUUACACUUCCGUGUGGAGUAGAAGACUUUACUCGUCUUACUUCUCGUCUAAAUUAA